AUGCCAAAGGCACCCAAAAUAGACGAAUCCCGUGUAAUUGAGGCCUGCGAAGCCGCCCAGCACGAAAAAAAACCGAAUCUUGCGAAGAUCGCGCGGGAAUAUGACAUUCCGUAUGAGAUACUGCGCGGUCGCGUUCGCCGGGGACGACAGGCUCGUAACGCCUAUACACCUAAAAAUAAAGCUCUUGAUGAGUAUCAGGAGAAAGCUUUAGUCCAGUGGAUCACUCGUAUGCGUGAUUUAUACCUCCCCGUUACCCCUGAGAUGCUCACAGAGUGGGCGAAUCGGGCUCUCGUGCGCGCUGGUUUGAAUUAUGAAGUCAGUAAGAUGUGGGCGUAUCGUUUCGAGAAAAGACUCCCACCACACCUUAUACUAGGCCCUGUGACACAGAGAACGAAGGAUAAGAAACGUCUUGAUGCAGAAGAUGUAGGAUACCUACAGCACUGGUAUAGUCAGCUUGCGAACGUACUCAAAGGUCUCCCAUCACACUUGAUCUAUAACUUCGAUGAAUGCGGCUUCCAACCCGGCCAGGGAAGGGCUCGGAAGGUUAUUGGUACGAAGGGAAGAUGCCCUGAUCUUGCUGAGUUCGAUCGUGCUGAAAACAUCACAGCGAUCGAGUGUAUCGCUGCUGAUGGGUGGAUUAUGGACCCGCUGUUUAUCUUCAAAGGCGAGAAGUUUAUGGAAAGUUGGUAUGAUCACCCUGAUCUACCACACUUUUGGACGGCUGUUUCGCCCAAGGGAUAUAUCAAUGACUUCCUUGCUAUUGGAUGGCUUCAUAAAUUUCAUGAAGCUACAAAAGAUCGGGUGAAGAGGGGUGAAAAGCGUGUGUUAAUAUUCGAUGGUCAUGAGACCCAUAAGACCGUCGAAUUUCUACAAAUCUGCGAGGAUUACAACAUUAUCCCUUUUUGUUUUCGGCCUCAUACGACUCAUAUUUGCCAACCUCUUGAUGGCAAGCCUUUUCUUGCUUAUAAACAGCAUUUUCGUAAGCAAAAUAACCUUAUUUCUCAGUGGGGUGGAAUCCCCGCGGGGAAAGCGGAUUUCCUUAAGGAUAUCGUGAGCGUACGCAACAAAACCUUCAACCAGCGAAUCAUUCGAAAUUCUUUCAAAGAACGUGGUAUAUAUCCUCCGAAUGGCGAUCCUGUUAUUCAAAAACUUCAGGAUACUCUUCCACCGAUAUCAGACCUCCUCGCACCCGAUCUUCGCGCAUACGGUGAAACAACACCUCCUCCGAAUAUCUCUUCUUCUAGCGUGGAAAACACCCCUCCAAAAAGUGCUCAAGACCUCGAGAAAAAUCAAAAAAAGCUUUCAAAGAUAUUUACUACAGAUAGCCUUGCACCGAAGCUCCAACGAGGCCUACAACGUGCGUUCUACCAUCAUAAACGUACAGCGGAAGAGCUUGCGAUGAUGAGCGAUACUGUUAGUCGAAUGAGGGAGAUACAGGCCCCUCGGAAGCGAAAAAUCACCAGAAGAGAGGUUCCUAAGAUCAGAGACUCUGGUAUACUCAGUACAAAAGAUGCCAACCGAUCAUUGAAGACCAGGAGAGAGAAAGAAGCUAUACAAGAGAAGAAGAGGUUAGAUAAACAGUGGACAAAACUAUACAGCCAGCCGCCACCCAAGUCGCCUAUUGAGGAGAGAUCUAUAUUAUCAGAUACAGUGAUGGCAGCGCAGCAGGGAGGGGAGUCUUUUUGGAUAGAUACUCAAGGUGAAAAGUAG